CACCAAACCCCAGCAUGAAAGUGAAAGUGAAAAGAUGGCACACUGUCGCGAUUUGGCAAUGGGAUAUGGAGGAUUCGACAGAUCUUUGUGGUAUUUGCCAUGGACCUUUUGAUUCGUGUUGCCCAGAUUGCAGGAUUCCAGGAGAUAAUUGUCCUUUGUUAUGGGGAAAAUGUACACAUUGCUUCCAUCUCCAUUGUAUCAACAAAUGGAUUGAGACCAAUGAUAGUGAAGGAACCUGUCCCAUGGACAGACAGAUAUUCGAGGCCGCUACAUAAUUCUUUCUUUCAUUCUUUUCUACUUUGUACUCUUUUGUAAAACAAAAUAUUGUUGCUUUUAUUCUUAUUAUUGUUUUCUUUUCUAUUCUGCCACACCAUUCUAUAAUGAAAUACCUUUGACAUGUCUUAAAAACCAGUUUGCAG